UUCUAGAAGACCUAGCAGAACCAGUCAGUCAGUGGUACAACCAGUUCGAAAAACGCUGUUACGUCGUCGCGUUCAAGUGCUCAGCUCAUUGCGCGAUAAUAUACAACAACGUUGUACAGAGUGUGGUGUUUUUUGCUCGAAUAUCGAAUACAUAAUAUUACGAAGCUCGCGAAUUGUUUCCUCAACGGUGUGUUUACUCUCCCUUGAGUUUUUCGCGAAUUUCACGACGAAUCAUGACGUGAAUUUCAAUCGUGUAAAAUCGCCCUCAAGUUCGCGAUCGUUCGAAAUGUGCUAGUUGAAUAUCUGUGCACGUGAAUCAUCUUUUUUUUCCAUCUUACUCGACCAUUUCAAAAAUAUACCAAUAUGUUACUCCAAAUGCUGAGAAGAUACUCGGUAUACCUUCGCUGUUUGCUCUUCGUCUUCAUUUACCAGGUGGGAAGACAUGGAGGAUCAGCGUUGGCAGAACAAGAAUUCGUACCCACCAUAACGGCCACCUGUAAAGCGGGCUACAUGACCAUAAAGGUAUCAACGAAUCAACCUUUCGUCGGUGCUGUCCACACGAAGGAUUUCCGUACACCGGGCUGCAUAAAUUAUGGAAAUGGUAGUCAGAUUGUUACCCUAGGAAUAAAUUUACUAGCCCCUCAAGGAGCUCCCGAUUACUGCGGUGUUUUCGUCAACAACAAAACCGAAGAACGUUCAGUGCCAGUAGCAGUUCGUGUACACAGGACAUUGGAGUUGGCUGAUGAUAAAAUAUAUGUGAUAACGUGCGGUAAAUCCGGAUUCAAGAAUUCAAAAAAUGAAAUGUCAUUGGUUUCAUUGAAAGUGUUGGAAAACGACAAACGAGUCCAAGAAGUCGUCUACGGCCAUUCGUAUACCCUCAGAGCGGAAAUUUCACGACCAGAUGGUACACACGGUAUUCGAAUAAAAUCGUGUUUUGCAUUCGGCAAAGGGAAUAGAAGCGUGCCAUUAAUAAACGAAAGAGGAUGCCCGUAUAACUCUCGAGUAAUAACCGAAUUCAAAUACGAUGAGUCGACCGGACGAGCAGAUGCGUCGCUUUUCUCCAUGUUCAGGUUACCGGACAGUAGAGAGCUUCAUUUUCAAUGCGACGUUGCUAUUUGCAAAGGAAUAUGUCCGGAGAUGGUUUGUAAUUCGGAAUUCGAGCCAUCGUCUCAAGCUCAAUCCGGCUCCAAAGAAAUAUACACCGAAGGUACAACCACCGAUGAAGGCGUGGUACCUGCCAGCACCACUGUAUUCGUCCUAGAACCAGGAGAAGUACCAAGCAGUGGGUACCUAUGCGACGAUGAAGCUGGAGGUAUUCGUCCACCUUGGCUGCUCUAUUUAUGCAUAGCGUUCGGAUUGAUGUUCCUGAUAAUGCUCAUAAUCAAUAUAUUCUUAUGCUCGGCCAUGUCGUGUUCGUGCGCUCGAACAGAAGUCAUAGAAAAAGAGCCGAGUAUAAUCGAAGAUUACGAUCCAUACAGAAGUUGGCACGGUUCCCAGUACGGGUCUAGGUAUUCGUUGAAUGGUAAACCAGGAUACACGUCGGGAGGAUCUACGAUGAAUUCUACUCGAUCGAUAUCCACCAAUAGUGAUCACUAUGCGAUUGUGCACUCGAGACCGGGCAGUAGGUAUUCUCCUUCUAAUGCGGUCAACAAACAUAAUCACCAUUUAAGGCCACCACCUUCUAAUCUAAGUAGUCAUUACAACGGAAAACUUUAAUAAAACAAAGUUAUUAAUGUGAUCUAAAGCAUUUAAAAAUUAAUAUUUUGUAUAUAUUGUACGUACCUUCUUAUAUAUUAAUGAUUUUUUUUUCUUCUUUUUUCUCAAAAAAGCAACGUGUUUUUUAUGUAUUUUUUUUCUUUUUAUAAUAUAUAUUUACAGACUGUAAACAAACUUUAUUACUUUCUUUGUGACGUAUUAUAUUAUUUAAUUUCUAUUUUUUUCUUGUUGUCGACAUUUUUAUAUAAUAUUAUCGUAGUUACGCGUUAUUUAUUUAUGUAUAGAUAUAGUAAUGCGAAUUGCGAAUGCGAAUCUCAAUCUCGUACUGUACCUUAUAUUAUUUUACCACAAUGAAAUGUCGAGCAUUUAACAGUCGUAUAGGUGUAGUAUUUCUACCUAAUUAUAAGUAUUCGGUUAUCAAAACAUACCUAUACGAAUUAACAUCUCCACCAUUUCGCGUAAAGCAAUUUUCGCACAAAAUUACAAAUGAUCAAAACAAAAUAUCGUUAUUUCUUAAUCGUGUAAAGUAUUAUUGUUUUAGUCAUAUAAGUCAACGAUAACGUGUUAAUUAUUGUACAGUUUCAUAACUAAGUAUUGUAAGAAUGUAAGUUACCUUAACAGUUGAAAAAAAAUGUUUUCUUUAUAUUA